AUGUCAGUUUCUUCUACAAUGUGUCCACCUCAUUUAAUCCCAGUUGAUCCACGUAUUUAUUGUGAAACAAUGAAUGAACUUCAUUCAUAUUUAACUACAUGUAAACGUGGUUAUUUAACUCAAGCUGAACUUUUUCGUUAUUAUCGUCAACGACAUGAAAAUGCAGAAAUACCUUAUCGACUAUUAGGUUAUCGAUCAUUACUUGAUUUACUAAGUAGUGAUCCACGUCUUUUUGCAAUUGAUUUACGUCGUGAACCAGCUUAUGUUUAUUCAGCAGUCAAACUUCGACAACAAAAACGAGAACGACGACAAGGAAGCACAAGUUUUUCUCGUCAACAUCAUUCAACAAAUACACUUGAUGAUCAACAAGAAACACCACCUGAUCAUGUUUUCUUCGAUCAUCAUCUUGAAAUAAAUGAACAACAACAACAACAAGAAAACGAUGAACCAACACUUCAUAUUCAAAAUGAACGUCCAUUAACACCAACUAAUCGUGAUCAUUUCGAAGGUAAUGUUUGGCAAACACCACAAUUAGAUAAACAAAUCAAUUCCGAGGAGAGAGAUGAAGAAACAAAUCCAUUUGUAACAAAUGCCUUUUUACCAUUACCAACUGUUCGUCAUUCAUUGGAUCUUAACGAAACUUCGUUUAAUAAAUGUGAAAAUCAAUAUUCGUCACUUCAACGAAGAAUUCUCACACAAGAUAAUGAUUAUGAUGAAAAUAAACGUUCAUUUCUCAGAGAUGGUUCUCCUAUCAUGAAAUUUUCCUCGAAUCGUUUAAAUCGUUCAAUAAGCACAUCAACGACAUCGUUAUCGAAGACAUAUUCGUUUCAUAUUGUUGAUGCUUAUAUAUUUUUAUUCACUGUUGUUAUAUCAUUUAUUUUCCUUGGCAUUUAUUUGUUGAAAAUUUGUUAA